AGCACUUGUGCCGUCGAUGGUAGAAAGGUUGAAAUUGACAUGAAUGUUACAGUCCCCCAGGUACUUCCAAUGAUCAACACUUUCGUUGUGAUUUCAUGUCCAGAUAACAAUACAAAGAGAAUCACUUUCACAACAAACAACGUCGUCUUCAACAAUUCUCUUAUCAAUUUGUCGUUUGAAACAGGAACAAUCAAACCAAAUACAUUUGGUUCAGUUGUUUCACAACAACUGAAUUGCGUGUAUGGGCAAUUCGACUUGGAGAACGAAUCAACAAAGGAGAUAUUCUGGGUUAAAACAGAAAAUAAAAAACCGCACAUCAAGCGAAUUACACUUCCCCUCUUUGAAAACCGUUUACAAGAAACCCUUACAAUACAAACAGACUCCAUCCAAGCAUUCGUGCUUGGCAAUUCCAAGGCAUCAAUUCCAAUAAACCCCAAAGAAAGCUUCAAAAUCUUCAUUGCGCCAAACUCAUUCAUUGAAACAAAGUUCAGAGGACGAUUGGAGGAAAUUGUUGAGUUUAGUGGUCAGUUUGUUCCAAUCAAGAUUUUGAGGGACGAAACACGAAUUGUGUUUGAGAACACCGAGGUGAUAAACAACACUGCGCUUCCUCUUGUAUUCUCAACUGACAAAAAGAAAAAGAGGAUCAUCAGUGGGACAUCUUCUGGACUUUCACAAGGACAAAAGCUUGCGAUCGCUGGAAGUUGCUUUAUUUCUGUUACAGGUUCGAGCUUUGUUACUCUUUUAUCCCAGUUUUCAUGUGUUGAAGAUGAGGGUACUUUUAUUCCAAUCUGUCUCAUUCCAGAUGAAAAAAAGAAGUCCAACAAAAUUGUGUAUUUCGCCACCUUACACAACAAAUCGCCAUUCACCGUGUUUUUGAAAUACGCCAACACGACACUAAAAAUGGAACACGGCUUUUCGGAUUAUUUGAAGUUGCCGACUUAUACAGAGACCGUCCCACAAUUUGAGUUGGGUUUGAGCGAAUCAGGCCCGUUUGUCACAAUCACACAGUCGUGUUAUUUACAAUUUCCAACAGUGUGCAAAUUUGAGUCGAGCCGGUAUGUUCACGUCUCACUUGACCAAAACACCCUCACCAUCACCGAGAGUCUUUUAUCAGACUAUGUCGUGUGCAACAACACAAGUGUUCCGCUUUUUUGGUGGUGGGUCUACCAAGACUCGUCCAUUCCGAUUGAAAUUUCCCCAUACUCCGCGUCAUUUAUUUACCAACCGUUCUGCCCGAUUCAAUCAACUCUCAAUCUCUCGUCGUCAUUUUUCUCUCAAAAAUUUGUUGUUGUUUCUUUUGAAAAAAAUAUGAAAGAGGAGGACUCGUGUGACGUUUCGCUUUCACACUCAUCCCGUCACGUCAUUACAAUUUCAAAGAAGAAAAUAAAACCAAUACACUCAGUUUCACUCUACAUUCCCCAAAUUAUUGUGGAUAUUAUUAAUGAUUAUACCCCAAUCUCUACUAUCAUUCUUGACAACUUGAGAUUGACGAUGGCAAAAGGAUUGAACGUAAGUGCAAGUUUGUUGCAAGUUGAGUCAUACCCACCUGCGACGUACACAGUCAACGUCAUGGUACAAACCUUUUCCUUCACGUUGACUAAGGACACUCUCUUUGUCGCACUGCCAAGGGCUGUGGUUCAGGUCGAUUCCUUGUUCAUUAAGAAGCUUAUCGACUUCUUGCCGCCACUCCCUAAACUCGACCUCAAAAACUUUAAACCACCAAAACUCUUCUUUGCCAUCGACAAGUCGGAACUCGAAGUGUCUUUUCGAUCGGUCGCAGGUGUUGUCCUUCCUCUCACUAAAUACUCCGCGACUAUAUCGGCACUUUUGGUGUUUUUAAGUAUCGAUCACACGUGUCUUGACAUACCAGAGUUCCUGGGAUACGGCGAAUGUUUAUUGCCAUUCUUCCAAGGCGUGUUUCUUGGGCAAUUGCCGAAGAUAUUGGCAUCGUCACCAAUCAUUGGAAACCCACAAUUCGCGUUGAGUUCGUUAAAUUCUGCGUUCUCGUCACUGGGCUCAAGGAAUUUUGUGAAUGCACUGAACAAAAGCACGACGGGAAUUUUUGGUGUGUUGGCAUCGAUUGCAGAUACGGUCAAUGGGAUGUCAGAGAACUACGAUUAUGAUAUAACACUCCAAGGGCCACGCCCAGAGUCGUUCAAAGAAGGAAUGAAGUUGGGAGUGAUCGGGUACCACAAGAAGAAAACUGGAAGUACUCUUGAUAAAUUACAACUUUCAAUGUCAUCUGUCACACAGUUUAUUAAACUGGCAGCGGUUGGUGCGUUUGCGGAGUUCGAGGAAAAAGGUGCGAAACGGGUUGGGAAGUGGCGAUCAGUCGAGGAAUACGGGCCAAUUAGAAAGUACCAAGACAUCGGGUUUGAGGAAUAUUCAAGGAACGAGAAGUACGUCUGCCACAUCAAAGGUAGCAACGACACUUGGAUUGUUGUGCGAGACGUAUCGAAGUUUCUUCUCUUGAUGAACCAAAACAUUACCGUCCAAAUCAAUGAAAUUGGUAAUGUUAGCUUUGGCGAAAAGUGUCUCUCGGUGACAAUCGGAGAUAAACGCUAUUCUUUAGACCUCGACAAAUUUGGGAAGAGAGAGAAGCGGUUCUGCGAAGAGAUAACAAAGAACGAGGAUUGUGUCAUAUAG